GUCCAACAAAAGACAAUUUGACGGUCAUGCGUGCAUCAGCGCCCAGCGUAGCCUUCACGGAAGGCGCCAAGGCCCCUCCAGGAUCCCUCACCACACGCGAGGCGCCUCCCUCGUCACCCCCCACACGGCAAUUCAACGCCGAUGACAUGCAGUUCGUGGGAAGGAGGUAAACCGCCGCUGCGUCCGAGAUGCAUGGCGUGAACACAUGACGCACACGUGACGUGUCUGCCUGUGUGUGCUGCAUCCAGUCACCAUGCGGCCAUCCGUGAGCUCACCGACCGCAUCUCCGAGUCGGUCAACAUGCUGUUCAAAGCCCCGGAAAGGCCCGAGACUUCCCCCCAACGCAAAAAGGGCGACACGCAGCAGCGCGGCAAGACUCCGACCACAGCGGUUCACAAGAGCAUCAAGGUCAAGACCAAGGAGCAGGAGUAUAUGGAGGGCAAGAAGCCGGGUAUGGUGGAUGAGCGGAGGGGGGCAGGUGAGGAGGAGAGCGACAAGGAGGACAAGGACAGUGAGGAGGAGGACGAAGAGGAGUCCAGCGAGGAGGACUCGGACGACGACCACUUCCUCGACUUCACACCUGACGACAUCUUCGACUUCGGUCAGAUGGGUGGCUGGAAUGGUGUCUCCCUCCUCUCCUUUCUCAUACAUGCGAUUGGGUGCAUGGGAUGCUUGCAGAUGAGGGUGACUGGCAGGUGGCGAGCUCCAAGCAGACGGUGUCUGGCCUGCUGGAGUCGCUCAAGACGCAGCAGCGGCAGGAGGUCAUGUACGACCUACACAACUGGUUCGCAGGAAAGGCCAAGGGAGUCGACGACGAAAUCGUUAACCUCGACAAGUACGCACGGGGGCAAAAACAGCCGAGAUACGCAUCCGGUUUACAUGCAACAGGCUGGAGUUUGACCGUCAGCGCAACUCUGACGACCUGAAGACGGCGCAGAUGGCAGUCGAGUCUCAGCUGGACGACAAGGAGAUGCACGCCUUCGCCGUGCUCAACAAGUUCUACAAGGCCCUCCACACCCUCGGGCAGAAGAAGGCCAAGGGCCCCGGCCUCGACAAGCCCAUCGGCUUCACCGGCCUGACCAUGGAUGAGAUCAAGGAGGCCGAGCUGGAGGUGGACCUGCAGAGCCUCAGGCAGCGGCUGCAGCAGAAGGAGGAGGAGAUCGUGGACGCGCUGAAGCGCGCUACUGAGAUGGAGGGCAUCGAGGGAGCGCCGCAGCCACCCUCUGCGUCAGACAUACUGGGGGUGAUUGCUGUGCAGCAGGAUGAGCUCACCGCACUCAGGUGAGGGAAUGAGACAGAUAGACACAUAAAGGUCCAUAUGCAUGCCGCUGGCUGCAGCACCCGUGUUGAGAUGAACGAGCAGCGUUUGAAGAUGCUGCGCAAGGCUGUUGACUACCUCCAGAACCCCAGCGACCAUGAGGUGAGGCGCAACAUCCUCACAGACUCUUUGUCUAUCUCACCUCUGCUGUGUGUGCGCGUCAGCAAGUGGAGGAGGGCGUCAAGCAGUUGAUUGAGGACAUCCGUAGGAAGGUCCGAGACGCCAAGAUAGCAGAGCUCCUCUCCAAACGAGACACUACAGCAGACGUACGUCAGUAGCACGACCACAUAGACAUGACCCACUGCUGUGGUUGCUUGCAGGAGUCAGAAGCGCCAGACGAGGGAGAGGUGCGUGCGUUAGAAGAGGAGGUGAACGGUCUCAAGAGACAGCUGGGGUCACUCGAGACAGAGAUCAAGGCACUCAAGACACCCGCUGAGAGGGAGGAUGAGCUCAAGCAGCGACUCAAGUCACUACAGCAGGGUAAGCAAGAACGAGCACCGAGACACGAUGCGAGAGGGGCAUUGAUCCGUGUGUCGCUUCGGACAUGCAGGCCGGUUUGACGAUGGGACCGAGAAGGGCGAAAUGAUCGAUUUGGGUGAAGACCUGACCCUCGAACAAGCUCCUGAACUCAAAAUCAAGCUCACAAACGGUACAGUACACGCAGCGCCGAACAGGACAUUGAAACAUGCUGUUCUUCAUUCCGUCCUCUUUCAGAGCUGACUAAGAUCCAGAAUGAGAAUCUGCGGCUGAAGGGGCAGCUGCGGAACUACGAGGUCAAGAAGUGACCAAUCCAGCCCUCCAUGUCGAUGUGUGGCGAGAGAGGGUUGGAGUGGGUUGAGUGAAGUUGUACUGUUUGUAUGGUUGUGUUGGUCAGCAUUUGUUGUCGACAGCUGAGGCCACACUGCAGCAGAUGGAGGACCAGAAACGAGCAUUCCUCGACGCUAUCGAACAUGUAUACAUGCAUGUGCAUGGAUCGACAGACAUGUACAUGUGCGUGUACUUGUUUCGAAUGCGCUCACAGUAUUUUCUCGAUUCCUCCGCCACACGACCGGCCGUCUCUGUGUGUGUCUUUUUUGAUGUGAUUGUAGGCGAAGGAGGCAGUGCGUGACGAGGCGUCGAAGGAGCGGGCCAAGCAGAAGGCGGCCGCUGAGGCCGCCAGAAGACAAGAACUCCAAAGACAGAGAGAGGAGGUAGGUCAGUCAUAGACACAGACCGAUAGACAGAGACAUCUUCAUUGAUUCCAUGUGCAUGCAGGCAGCAGAGGCAGCGUGUAAGAGUGUGUCAGCACAUGUACAGUGUGGCAGCAUGUAAGAGUGUGUCUCCUUUCUGGCAGCCAAGAAGGCUGAGGAGGACCUGGCGGCACAGCUCAAGGACGAGGAGACCACACUCCGCGGGGAGAUCAAGCGACUCGAGAAGCAACUCGAAUCCCAGCAACAACUCGCAGAGAAGCAACAACAGCUGACGCAACAACAGCAGCGAAGUGAGUCAUCUGGCAGCUCUAGCGAGGCGGGAAGGAGUGCGGGCGACGCGGCAGAGGGAGCGGGAGGUCAGCUGGAAGAUGAGGGGGCCGACGACGAGGGAUCUGAGGGCGAGGGCGGCGUUGAGUCAGAAGAUGAGGAGCUCAAGAAACUGAAGGAGGUGAGGUAGAGAGUGGGCAAGAGGUGGUAACGUCAUCGCUUCAAUGUGUGUGGCAUACAUGUGUGCGCAGGAGAACGCUGAGUUGUUGCAGCUGAUUGACGAGCUCGAGAGACGCCUGCAGGAUGCGGACGAGUAAGUUAACAACGAUGAACGGCCCUGACUUACGCAAUGUGGCUCUCUUCACUGAUUCGAUGCAGUCGCAAAGCGGCCGCUGCACCACUUGCCCUACCAACCGUAGGGGUAAAAGAGACCCCCUGCUGUUUGGCUCUUUCCCAUUCUAUUCAAAUCUGUCUGCAGGUCGGUGGCGGUCUGUCUGCGCCAUCCUCAUCGGCCGCUCCUUCUUCCGCGCCAUCGCCCCCUCCUGCGCCAGCAGCAGAGACAGCUCAGCCCGCCCUGCCCAGUGCACCCAGCAAGGCAAGCUCCUCAUCACACGGCAAAGGCGCACCAAAGCCACCAUCUAGCAGCAGCAGCAGCAGCUCUCGCGGUGUCGGUGGUGGCGUGUCCUCAGCCGCUAGUGCACAGGGCGAUGAAGCCGAGGGGGAGAUGGGGGAAGAGGGAGAGGAGGUGGCUGGCGAGGAGGAGAGGGAGGGCUCGUCGGCCCGUGGGUCCGUCAAGUCGUCUGCGUCGAGUGCCAGGGGCAGCGACAAACAGUCGAUCAAAGGCUCUGGCAGCAGGUAGAGGCUAAGCACAACAACAGAGCAAACAGCCCCGGACUGUCUGCUUUGUGUGUCAGUGGGGCUGCAUCGGUGCGCAAGGAGGCCUCCAGCUCCGCCCACAGCCAGGAGAGGCCGGCCGCUGCACAACCACCGCCGCCACCAGCUCCAGUAGCACCGCAGAAGGGCCCACCGGCAGCACCACAAGUGCCCGACCAAGCCACCGUCCAGUCACAGGAGCAGAAGAAGCAGGAAGAACGGAGACAUCAUGUAAAGACGUGUGUAUUGUCCGGUGCUGUCAAUGAAUGUAUUCAUUGUGAGUAUGGUGCUGUGCCGUGCGGUGUGGUUAGGAGAUGGAGGAGCUGCUCAAGGUGCAGCAGGAAAACCUGGAGCUCGCCAGACAGAUAGAACUGAUAGAGAAGAAAAUCAAGGCCGUCAAGGUAAGGCUAAUCCAGUAAAGACCGCAACCCCGACACACAGUCCGUCCUUUGCUUCCUUAAUGCGUAGGCGAGUAAGGGCCCGGUAGACAUCGCCAUGCUCCAAGAAGGCACAGAGACAGGCGAACAGGUCAGCCACAAACACGGAUACACGCACACACACGCGUGUCUCCACAUGUACAUGUGAGUGCAGGAAGUACCUAAGCAGAAUUUGGAGUUGCGCAAGGAGGUGAAGAAGAAGCAGUGGGAGCUCAACCUGCUGAGAAAGAAGUGGUGGGUGGAGAGGCAGGCGGCUGAGCAGACCGCCAAGGCCAUGCGGGAGGCGACAGACUUUGGCGUGGAAAAGAGAGCAAACGACGAACAACUGGCGUGAAGGACAGCGGGCGAUAGCCCAUAGCUACGGAUGGAGGGAGGCGGUAUUUUUUCUCUACACAUACAUGGCAUGCACCUCUUUGUGUGAGCGAGCGAUGGACUUUUUGGACCGGAUGCGGCGCAGUCCAAAACACGCUAUACACAUGUCUGUGCGCGCAGAAUUGGCCACGCAUCUCACCACGUGUGCUUGCAUUAUGUGUGUGGUAUGGCUUUGGGACUGACUGCAUCAAUGGAUUCAACGAGGUGCC